CUGAACUGAGACAUACAGUAGCUGAGACAGUCAAAGGAUGCAAAAGGGAAAAAAAAGGAAAGGCAGGCAGACACAUACCCACAUCAAGACCACAGAACCGAAUGGAUGACCUACAAGGGAGAUGUGAACUGGUACACGGCUUGAUGACAGGCUUGAAGAUGAACUCCUCGGGGGUAACGGGGCUGAUUCGACGGUCUCUGGAGGCUAAAGAAUUUGCAUAUUGUCCCUACAGCAUGUUCAGAGUAGGGGCUGCAGUUCUGACCCAUGACGGCAAAGUGUUCACAGGCUGCAAUGUUGAAAAUGCCUGCUAUAGCCUGGGCAUCUGCGCAGAGAGGACUGCCAUUUCGAAGGCCGUAUCAGAAGGAUACAAAGAUUUCAAAGCCAUCGCAAUAGCCAGUGAUUUGUGUGAACAGUUCAUCUCCCCCUGUGGAGCGUGUAGGCAGUUCAUGAGGGAAUUUGGCGGCAGCUGGGUGGCGUACUUGUCCAAACCGGACGGUACGUACGUGGAGAUGACGGUCGAAGAACUUCUGCCUGUGUCUUUCGGACCGGACGAUCUGACGAGGAAGAAGGUGCACGCUAUUCCAAAUGAGUGUUAGGAUCGUCUUUCUUUAAGCCUCGGUGGAAAAAAGAUUCUUCUGUUAUUCAACACUUUCCAAGGAUUAGGAGAAAAGUAAAACAUGCAAAAUUAAAACACUUCUGGUGCAUCUGGUGGUUGAUCAUGAAAAAAAAGGGUUUAUUAUUUUGGUGCUUACUUGUAAUAUGAUCUUGUGACUGUAAUAUAAUCUUAAGUCAUGUAAUACGACCGUGUUUUAAAAGUUGUAAAUAUAAUCGUGUGUAAAACGUACAUAGAACGUAUUUAAGAUACAUGCUGUAUAAGUGCGUGUUAAAUAAAGUCGAGACGAUCCGAUA